AAUGUUGUUUGGCGAACGGUUUUUAGGCUAACUGUGCCCUUGUGUUUAAGGUUAAGUUGUUAGAUAGGUGGAACUUCCACUUUAAUCUAGGCUUACCUGUAGGGGCAAGUUGUCAAAGUGGGUUUACAACCACUUUAAGCAUUGGUAGGUUGAAUAGGAAUGUUUUUAAAUGGUUAAUGUUUUUAUUGCUUGUGUGUGUGUCCCCAUUGGGACAAUUCCCUCUCACAUCCUGUCAUAAAGACUGUUGUCACCUGAACAGAACAGGAAAAUCUCACAGCGCUGACAUUUUUUUCCCACUUGUUUUGUUUUCUGGGACAUAUCUCUUUAUCCUUGUCUACAAAAUCCAAAACAAGCCAAAAACAUUUUGUCUGGAGUUUUACUUUAAGUAAUCACAUAUCAGAAGAGUGCCAAAUCUUUCACCUCUUCUCCUGUCACAAGAAAAACUGGUUCUGCUAGAUGUGGAGCUGAUCUUCCUUAAACAGUCCCCUGACAAGGCACUGAGCUCACAGGGAAGGAGGAAGGAACAACCAGAGUCCAUUCUGAGAGACCCAGCAACAAACAAAGGAAGAGAUAUUCAAAUGUCAUCAUGGCUGAUGUGUCAGAAUACCCCGUGAAUCAUUUGGUGACAUUCACAAUUGAUGAGGAUGAUGAUGUCCAUACAGUGGAGGAUGCCAUUCGUAAACUAACUGUGAUGGAUGCUAAAAGUAAAGUCUGGAUCCAAGAAAUGGUGUUACAAGUAAACAGCUCCACUGUUAAACUCCUAGAUUUUGAAUCCAAGGAGGAUUUGGAGGUAUUCCCUAUCUCUGCCAUCCAGCGUUGUGACACUGUUCUCCCAGAAAGAAGGAACCGUUCUCUGUUGGUAUUGGUAUGUCAGGAAAGAUACCAACCCAAAGCUGACAUCCACUUCUUUCAGUGUGAUGAUGUAGGGGCGGAGUUGAUUAGUGAAGAUAUUAAUAGUGCGGCAUCUGAUUUCAAAAAUGGACAAACUUCCAAAAGGCCUGAAGCACUUCGGAACAACCAGAAGAUGAUAAGCCAGCAGAGCUCUAGCAGCACAGACCCAUUCAAACCUCAGCGACAGUGGAAACAACCGCAGAUACAUUAUGUGACCCCAGCAGAAAUCCUGGAGAGGGAGGCACAGCGCAGAUCAGUCAAGCCCUCGGUCUCCCCACUGACUCCUCAAGUUAUCGUUAAUCCUGGGCUUCAAAUGCAGAAGCAGCAACAGUCAAGCAACUCAUUACAGGAAGCAAUAUACAGCCAGGUGAUUAAAAAUGAGAAAAAUUCACAGGAUCCACAGAUGCAGCAGAAGAGGAACACAACUACUGAAACUGUUGUUGAUGGGGAUACACAGGACCUAACGGCCCUCCGGGCUGGGCAGGAGGUGGAUCUACUGAAUCACUGCUUUGAUGACAUUGAAUCUUUCAUGGGGAAGCUCCAGAAAUCAGCUGAAGCAUUUAAAGUCCUCAACCAAAGAAAGAAAUCAAGAAGAAGCAAGAAACCGGAAGCCGGAGAGGGUUUACUGACUGUCCGUGCAAAGCCUCCAAAGCUGGAAGAGUAUGAAGAUGCUGCCCAGAAAUUUAAAUAUUGCUUCUGCUUAUUGGCAAGACUGAAAAAUAAUAUUAUGAAUCCCAGUGCUGUGGAGCUUGUUCACUUUUUAUUUGGGCCACUUAAAACGCUUGUGGACAGUUCUGGAGGUGUGGAUGUCGCUGCUGAAAUUAGGAAUCCAAUGCUAACCAAGGAAGCUGUGGCUUUUCUAAAAGAGUGUUUAGAUGAAAAUGAACUUGAAUUAUGGAAUUCUCUGGGACCUAACUGGACAAAACCAAGACUGGAUUUUCCUCGUGACUACUGUCCCCCAUAUACACCAACUUUUAAUAGUGGAUGGGUGCCAAAUAAUAGCAAUGGCCAGCCCUGGGAUGAUCCAGUGGAGCUUCAGCAUCGUCAUGAAGAGUUAAGGUCACAGCAAUCGACAUCUCAGAUAAACCUGCCUCCUCCACCUGCUGUUCUAAAUGGCCAUCAAGAGAUAAAUGGCAAGAGUGCCAGCUGCACGUAUGAUUUUGUUGCACGGAACAGUAGUGAGCUGUCGGUGUUACAGGGAGAAGUGUUGCAGGUUCUUGAUGACUCCAAAAAAUGGUGGAAAGUGCAGAAUCGAUUUGGGCAGAUUGGAUAUGUACCAUACAACAUACUUUCCCCAGUUUCAGAUGCAGAAUUUAACAACACCAAACAAAAUGGGGUCCAGCCAAGUCCAACUAAGAAAUCCCUACCACCAACUCCCCCUAAAAAACCAACAAAAUCAAAUACAAUUGGUCAGGCACAGUGGGAUGAAGUGGACAGCCAGCAACCCGAACAGAACCAUAUACAGCAAGGAAAAUUUGGAAAAAUAAAUAGUAUGAAUGAAGAGCUCUUGCUGAGAUUGGCAAAUGGCCGGACAGCACCAAAUAAGACUCUGAGCAUACAACGAAUGUUGGACACAUCCAUUCCCCUGAAUGAAGAGUCCAGUCCCUCCGAGGUCACUGCGUGGCUGCAGGCAAAAGGUUUUAACACAGUGACUGUAAGAUCGUUGGGAGUGUUAAAUGGAGCUCAGUUGUUUUCUCUUAGAAAAGAUGAAUUUAAAGCUGUGAGCCCUGAAGAAGGUGCCAGAGUAUACAGCCAAGUCAUGGUACAGAAGGCUCUUCUUGAGGACGAAAAGAAGAUCUCUGAGCUGGAAGCUGUAAUGGAAAGGCAAAAGAAGAAGGUGGACAGUGAGCUUGAAAAGGGCAGCCCUUAAAGAUCUAGGUCUUGCUUCACAUGGCUAAACAAAUUCUACUAUUUAACUUGUUCCAAAGAAUAUAUAUUAUAUUUUACUACUUACGAAUACCAAAGACCGCUGCAAUCAUGUCUGCUGGAGAAGACAUUUUUAUGAUGUUACAGGUCUGGUACAACCUUGCGAAAUGCUUCAACUAUCUAUCUUGGAAUUUAAGCAUUGACUAAUCUAAAGGACUGCUGAUAUUUAGAUGUGAAGUCAUGCAAACAAUGUUUUAUUUUGAAAUUCUAAACAUGAAGAAUUUACAUACUGAACAGGACAGAACAAUUUACGAACUUUAAAACAUCCCAGUGGUUUUUUUUUUGUUUUUGUUUUUUUGGUCUGAAAUACAGUGUUUUAUUUUAUGUUA